UUGCGAACCAGAAAUUAAAAAUGUCGUCUUUGAUAUCUAGAAAACGAUCGGGAACAAUUUUCUGGGUUCUCUCCCAGAAUUCUGGGAUCACAGCCCAAAGCGUUCCUUUUCUACCCUUUUCUUCUCUAUCUGAACCCCAACCCGGAGAUCAACAACCCUCCAGAUCUUUCGAUUUCACAAAUCCAGUUCAAAAUCACACGGUUCCAGAAUCUGCGUUUCUUACAACUUCCCUUGAAACCUCAAAAACCCCAUCUGGGUGUCACUGCUAUCACACCCUUUCUAGCUGUUUUUCAGGUUCUGGCUCAAAACAUGGCGUUUUAAGCUCUGGGCAUUCUGUUUCGAGGAUAAAUAUAUCUGGGUCUGAACAUGGUGGUCGUUUGCCUUUUAGCUUGUUCCGUCGAUUUAGCACUGCGACAGCAAUUGAGCCUUCAACCUCUGACGGGCUUACUGUCAGCGGAAUCAUUGCUCACGAUUGGACCAUUCUCGAUGAGAGUGAGAAUGAUUGGAAGAGUCAUGCUGCUGCAAUUGCCCAGUCCAUUCAUGUAAUUAAGAAAAGGUUACAGUGGAAGAAGAUGAUGGUUAGGUUGGAUGUGUUAUCGGCAGAGCUGAAUAAGCCUGACCUUUGGAAUGACCCUGUGCAUGCGGGGAAGGUGAGCCGUGAGCAUGGCUCCCUUAUGGGUAAAAUGAAAGGGGUCAAGGCAUUUGAGCAAGAAUUGCUCGAGCAUAUAGACAUGAUAAAGCUUGCUCGUGAAGAGAAUGACCCAGAAUUGGAAUCGGAAUCGUUGAAAGCUUUGCUUAAGAUGAGAAGAAAAUCAAAAGAAAAAGAGCUUGAAGCUUUGUUGUCUGGGGAGCAGGAUCCUUGUUCAUGUUACAUAGAGGUUCAAGCUGGAGCUGGGGGUACUGAGAGCAUGGACUGGGCAGCGAUGGUCAUGCAGAUGUAUAAAUUGUGGGCGCAACGACAUGGCUAUAAGAUUACUGUGGUUGAUGAAAUGUCUGGUGAGAUUGCAGGAAUCAAGCGGGCAACAAUAAAAGUGGAUGGUGAAUAUGCUUUUGGGUAUGCCAAAGCAGAAGUAGGUGUACACAGGCUAGUACGUAUCUCUCCAUUUGACAGUAAUAAGCGCCGACAUACUUCAUUUGCUGCUGUUGCUGUAAUUCCAAUUCUGGGCGAUGGAUCUACCCGUGUACAAAUCAAUGAAUCUGAUCUUCGUAUUGAACGUUUUCGUGCUGGGGGGGCUGGAGGUCAGCAUGUAAAUACAACUGAGAGUGCUGUGAGGAUAGUUCACAUUCCUACAGGAGUUACUGCCACUUGUCAAAAUGAAAGAUCUCAACACCAAAAUAAGGCAUCAGCAAUGGCUGUCCUUCAGUCUCGAUUAGACCAGCUUGAGAUGGCACGGCAGGCUCAGAUGAAUGCACAGCAUACACAAUCUCUUACCGAUAUAACUUGGGGAAGCCAGAUACGUAGUUACGUGCUGCAUCCAUAUCGCAUGGUGAAGGAUCUUCGGACUAGUUAUGAAGUUUCAGAUCCUGAUUCUGUGCUUGAGGGAGAUUUAGAUGGAUUCAUUAUGAGUCAUUUAUCAGCUUCCUUGGAUAAAGAUGACAACCUAUGAAAUGAGUUCAUAAGAAUCUAAACCUCCACACAAUAUGAGAUAUGCCACAGCUGAGGCUGUCCUCAUCAUGCCCAGAUCUCUAAUUUGUGAGAAAUUCCAGGCCUCUGGACAAGCAAAGCAAUCAGCUGCAAUGACUAUGAUUGUCAGGCAACAGCAAUUUAGGAAGUGCAGUGCAUUUGUAUACUAAAGAUUAAAGGAUAAAGGAUGUCAAGUUCUUUUAGUACAACAUUCUUUGAUAUCAAGUUUUGAUCACAUAUUGGUGUUAUAUAAUGGAAUGGUGAUAUAAUGGUAAUAUCUGUAUUCCAAUUCUUAGUCCCUUGAGAA